AUGAGUGGUGAGAUAUCAAUGAAACAAUGGAAUAAGUACUUUGCAUACUCGGGAGAUGUGGCUAACUACAACAUUGAAUAUGGAGAUUUCGAGUAUGCCAAACACGGUGCACUGGUAAGUGCAUCGUUUGCUGCUAUGGUGCUGAAGAACGACGAGAAGUUCCCAAAGUCCGUGUGCAAGUCUGCAGUUUCGAAUAUGUUAAUCAACGGUGUUGUAAAUGAGUACUUUCUUGAAAAGUAUACGCCAUUCUGGUUGUUUGGCUACUCAAUUGUAAACAUUCAGGACGAUCGAUCUUCGGUCUAUAGCAUAUAUUGUAAACUGCACUACUCGGCACUGUUAGCCUCUUGUCUAUUGGAUGGUGGUUCGUACGAGAAGUUUCAAAGAAGUAAUGGUAUACGGUUAUUUGAUAUUGACGUUGCCAGAUUUGCGCUUCAUCUGGGAAGGAUGGACAUUUUUGAGGACCAACUGAAUUUGGCAAAGAAACAUGGAAAAUUUUGGAAACACUUGGAUUUUGAGAAAGAGGAACAAAAUAAUUGGGGAUAUUCGACGGUUCUAAUUGAGGAUGUAUACGAACCGUUUCCUGACCACCAUCCAUUGCUGAACUACGAGGAAUUAAGCGUCACGGAUAUUUUAAAUUCUACAACUGAGAAUUGA